GAGUAUGAUUACACUACCGAAGCCCAACAACAGGAACAACAAGAAGCUGACCCGCUUCUCUCCAAUAUCCGGCAGGGCCGGCCGCCGGGGGAGUGGGAUCCUGUUUGGGCAGAUGAGGAGGACUGGGAGGUGGUCAAUGAGGAGAUUCGCGAAGGCAGGGACUCUCCCAUUGCGCCAUUCUAUAUACCCUACAGGAAGCCUUAUCCUGUCAUACCUGACAACCAUUACGAUAUAUCUAAUCCCAAAGCAUUCAUUGAAGAGCUGGAUAGGAUUGAGGAGUUUUUCAAAUGGGUCAGCUACAUUUUUCCAGAUGGAAGCUCGCCAGAGAAAAAAAUGCGUGCCGAUGGGCACAUAUUUUCAAGAGAUUUCUUACACCCUGAAGACAAAGAAUGGCUGGAAAUGGAUAUUGAAGAUACUGUUCAACUUGCAGGAGGGAACUUAUGAGAUCCCAUUUUAUGAGAGAGAUGCAUGGAUCAAAGAAUUUGGGAGGAAAACGGAAAAGGGUCGGAUCUGAUAUGCUGGCCAGUGAAAGCAUGGCAGAAUGCAUGGAUGUGGUAUUUAUGAAAUCAACGAGCGUCCCGUUUAUGGUAGGUUCUACUUUGGGGAGCCUUUGGAAGAGACUGACGAUUAUGGAUGACAAUCUGAACAGAAGAUACAGGCGUUCAUUUUCCUAUAGUGGGGAAUUCACGCUAGGCAGCCUAUCAUUCCAACUUCAAAGUCUUCAAGGCCAAUAGGAUUGGUUGGUCAUUCAGCUUCCUUGAUGUCCGGAAGACAAGUUCUUCCCCAGACAAGUAAAUUUGUGGCAUCAAAUGCAGCAUCUCAACUGCCAACCCCUUCUCAGGCCAUGACUCGCAGUUUUUCCAUUCCGUCAAGCAGUCUUCUGGAGACAACAAUGCAGUAGCCCAAGUCAGUUGAAGUCUUGCAGACUGCAGAUAUGGCUGAAGAAAUUGCCUCACCACCUCUAACACCAAUAUCCUUGACUUGUUCAGUCUCAUUUUCUCAUGUCUUAAUAUAUUGCUCAAUGUGUACAGGUGCUGCAGGUUGAUUUAGAGGUAAUUUUGGUUCUUGUUUUGGCAAUGGUAAGCUUUGCCGGAAGGUCGUCUUUCAUCAGUUCAAAGAGCUGCAAAUUUGAAAGGGCUGUGAUGGCAGCCAAGCGGGCGAUAACCAUUGCUAGAAGACACCGUCUCCUGCAUAUUGAAUCAAAGGUGCGAAGUUGGUGGGAAGAGAAAAGUUCUCACACUGCAUACAUGAAUACUUUAACAGAGAUUAGCACCAUGCGAUCCUGGCCGUUUAAGACUGGGUCCAAACCCUAUCCUUCUCCCGGCGAAGCUAUUCGGGUAUAUUCUGCUGAUGCCACCCUAUAUACUAUUGCAAAAGCCAAUAUCUCUGCUGAUCGUGUUCUUGUUCCGAAUGUAAGAGUAACUCUAUCGUCUAUAGUGACGCGUCUCAUUAAAGAGAUUGAAUGGAUGGAAGAGUUUCUGGCUGAAGAUCAGCCUUCAAUGCGAACGGGUUCCUCGUCUUGUUUUGCAGACAGGGCAUUUGAGAAUAUGAUAAAUAGUGCAAUCAGUUGCGGAGAUCCGACCAAGCCUUGCUUCCGUUUUCUUCAGGACUGCAGGGAUUUGUACGGAUUUGCAUGCGGUGGUAUUGUUGGGGGCAUGAACCGUGAUCUACUGUUGCAUUAUAUGAAUGUGCAGACCAUCCAUAUCGAGCUAUUUUGCCCCCACUAUGCUGACUAUGUUUGGAGAGAGGUUCUGAAGAAGGAUGGCUGUGUGAUUGAUGCGCCUUCACCAACUGCACCUCGUCUUGAUUUAAACAUCUAUGAAGCCAGUAAGUACUUGUGCAAGGUAAUAAUGAGGAUUAUUAAACACAAGAAUAUAACUAGAAAUCAAAAGAGGUCAAUAUCGUCAUGCCUGAUAUAUGUCAAGGAGCUGAAACAUCAAGAAAGGCAAGAAUUGUUGCGAAGGUUUCAAAAGUUUUGUAAAGAUAAACAAACAUUUCCUAUGGCGACUCCAUCAUGGGAGAGAGGGGUCGUAGAGGAGAAUAUGGACUUGAUUAAGACACUCUGUGUUCUUGAAGACUUGCAAGUAUUGUCCGUCACUGAACUCGAUGACUUUGCUAAAGCUGAUCCUCUUUUCUCACAACUCUAUGAAAAGCCUCCAUCUCCUGGAAGUAUCAUUUUCUUGGCCAGAUGGUGAUGGAGAGUUGAAACACGAGUUAGCUGGUUGGAGAGAGCUUGGAAGAAUUGACUAGUAUUUAAUUUCCGUAUUGGUUUAUAGUAUGUUUGAUUUAUUUUGACUAUUUAGUUUUAUGGCAUGGAGUUUCAAGUACUUGUAAUUGUUGGAAAUUUGUCACGUGAUAUUAUCUAUUAUCAUAGGUCCUCUCCUCUA